AUGGACAUCAAAAACUUGCUCAACGGCCAAGAGGAAUUCGUUCGAACAGCUCGCAUGAGUUCUUUCUCCUCGGCAGAAUCAUCCUCUGUUGAAUAUGACAAACCUUUCGAAUGCACGUGGGACAAUUGCGGCAAAUGCUUUUCUCGACGAUCUGAUCUUUCACGACACAGACGAAUUCAUACCGGUGAACGACCUUACCGCUGUGAAUGGUAUGGAUGCGGCAAGCAAUUUAUUCAACGAUCGGCUCUUACCGUUCAUUUCCGCACACACACCGGUGAAAGACCCCAUGUUUGCGAAUACGAUACCUGUGGCAAAUCAUUCAGUGAUUCAUCAUCACUUGCUCGUCAUCGACGUACACACACUGGUAAACGCCCCUAUGUGUGUCAUUGUGGCAAGUCAUUUACUCGAAAAACCACAUUGUCUCGGCACCAAAGAUGCCAUGAUGCGAGUUUGACCAGUACUUUGCAAUCUCCGCCUACUAAUUGUAUCCUUGGUUCCCCCGCAACAAGCGACUCGGAGGUCGAUGUGCCAUUAAGCCCUCCAACACUCUUUGUACGACCGCAGCCGGUGAAUCAUUCCAUAUGGCAUCCUUUGCGUCAGCCAACGCAAUUCAUCAAAAUUGAGCAGCAAUAG